CGAAAACUAUACAUAUUUUCACAGGAACAUCAAUGCUUUUUCAUAUAAUUCUCUUGUUGAUAUUUAGUUUAGCUAGUGCUACACCUCCUGCUUGCUUUCUUGAUUGUAUUAAUCGUCUUUCCCAUAUCUGCGCAAAAAAUCAAGCUGAUAUCAGGUGUCUAUGUCAGAUACACCAGGCCGUUAAUCAAUGCAGCCACCGCUUUUGCCUAAGAGAAGACUUUCUUAGUGCCAGAGACCAUUUUGCUGGAACUUGCAUAGAGCACGGUUUGGAGUUUUCAAUGUCCGGAUUUGAAGCUGAUGGAUUUCUGGAUGAUACAUCCGAAGAUGAAUCAGACCUGGAUUACGACAUUGAAACAGAUAACUACAUGUCAACGGACGAGAAAGAUAUAGAUUAUGAGGCUAUUGAGUCUACUGAAGAGUCAGUCGAUGAGAACGGAAAUGAACUUGACAUUUCAAGUGACUGGUCUGAAGGUGAGACUUUCCUGGAGGGAGAAGACUGGCCAGAGGAAAAUGAGAUAGACCUCUCGGAGCUCAACAAGAACAUCGUUAAAAAUUAUAUGAACUAUUUCCUAAAGCAGAAGCCAUCGCCUCGGACACGCAUGGGAACACUGGGCGAGAUCUCGAAUUCAGGGCAUAACCUGGCCGUCACCAAGAAGCUAAACCGAAAACCAUAUAUUGCCAAUGAACCCACGGGACAUAUAACUCCAAGGAGCAAAGAGGCCGUUCAGAGAACUGAAGCUCGAAAGAAUCGCAAUCGCAAGUAUGAGAGUGGAUUCGAUCGUGAAAAGCAGGAUCAAAUUCUUUACAAACGGUUCUAGAGUCGCCCAGAUCAACACGAGAGGCUAAUACUAUUGCUCAGCUAAACUCUAGCUCUCUAGCACAUGUAACUGAUUUUCAUCCAAAAAUAUAUCUUUUAGCUGGUCGCUGGGGACACUAACUAACCCUAGCUCUCUCCGGUGAAU